GUGCUUGCUGAGUCUAAUCCUGGCCGCUACGGUUUCCUCUGGCACUGGUUUGAUGAGAUCUACGUCCUUCUGGAUUUCCUGCUCCAGCAGCACUAUCUGGCCAGGUGCAGUGCCUCCUUUUCUGAAAACUUCUACAGCUUAAAGAGGAUACCGCUAAGAGAUUGCCAACAACCACCUCUGGCCACUGCUGGCCUGCCAAAGAGGCAGCACUGGAAGUCUCUCCUCUUGCUGGUUCUUGUUCCUUACCUGAAAGGAAAGCUAGAGAAACUGGUGUCCAGCCUGAGGGAAGAGGAUGAGUACUCCAUCCACCCUCCUUCAUCAUCCUGGAAGCGCUUCUACAGAGCCUUUCUAGCUGCUUACCCCUUUGUAAACAUGACCUGGGAGGGCUGGUUUCUUAUCCAGCAACUGUGCUAUAUCCUCGGCAGAGCUCAGCACCAUUCACCCAUGCUGCGCCUGGCUGGUGUUCGUCUCGUCAGACUGACUGCAGAGGAUAUCCAGGCCCUGGAGAAGAAACUGGCUGGAGCCACCUCAAGUCAAACACACAGCAUUAAAACACAAGUCCAGUCAGCAGUGAGGAGAGCGCUGGGUGGCAUUGCCUUCUCCCUGUCCACCGGCCUGUCCGUCAGUGUGUUCUUCCUCCAGUUCCUGGACUGGUGGUACUCCUCAGAAAACCAAGAAACAAUCAAAUCUCUGACAGCGCUCCCGACUCCUCCACCCCCCGUGCACCUGGACCAGGGGGCUGGCUCUGCUCUCUUACCCAAACUGAAGACCGUGUGCCCUCUGUGCCGCAAAAUCCGCGUCAAUGCCACGGCCCUGUCCACGUCUGGCUUCGUGUUUUGCUACCGCUGUGCGUAUAAUUACGUGAAGACUCAGCAGCGCUGCCCGGUCACAGGCUACGCCACCGAGCUGCAGCACCUUGUCAAACUGUACUCUCCUGAGAGCUGACCCGCCCGCCUCCUGCUUCCAGACACCCAGCUCUGAGCA